CCCCUCGCUCUUUCGCAUCACUCUUGUUCAGGCUAUCUCUCAGCUAGGACGUGUGACUGAAUGCGGCGUCUGCUUGCUAAACUUUUGUGACUGGAGUUGGCUCGCAGGUGUGAGUUUUUUUUCUAUCGUUAAAGCGUUUCAUCGAGAGCUGUAAAGCGAUUGAACUGUUCUGAAGUUCAGCGGCAGUUUUCUUCACCAUGGCUUCGGCUUUCUUGUGUUUUCUUGCCGCUAUCUUGCCCGGCUUGAUAGCAGCACAAGGUACGUGGAUUCUCGGUACCAGCGAUGUAAGAACUGUUGAACCAGUCAACCCCGUCAACGGCGGAGCUAAUCUUGGUGGAAUUGACAUCGAUUCGUCGAGGGAAAGCAGAAUAAUUGUGCGAAAUACUGGAAUUUCUGUGCCGUUUGGACGAGAGAAAGCUAUUGAUCCCAACACGGAACUGGUUAUAAAUGUUGAGGAAGGUGAUUUGUGUACCAUCAAGGUGCUACCCAAGCAGAGUGAACCUCUCUCUCAGAUUCCAGGCCGACUUGUACCAUCAAAUUUCCCCUGUGACUUCGGACCUGGUGAAGUUAAGUAUGUGCACUUUGGUUCUCGUAAGCCCCAGACCGAUAAGGUUACAUUGCAGCUGAGAUAUGACACAAAUACAGACACUUUCAUCAUCCCCUUCACAAUAGAUGUCCGUGUUGAAUCCAAGCAGCUCGAGAUUGUUACACGUAACGUGCCGCUUGAGGUUCAGGACCUCAUGGGAUUGAGUGAUGCUCUUGAUGCAGAUAAAUUGCAGUUUGAUUACGACAGUGCUACCCAAGCCUGCAAGGUGACAGUGCUGAGCUCAAGCUCAGGACUUCCUCGCUAUGGGAUGGUCAUGAACCACGACGAGCAAGGCCAAAUGAUCGAUUGUGAUGAUUUCUUGGCACUUGGAAUCCAGUACCGUCAUACAGCAGCAACAGCAUCACCCCGUGAAGAUUACAUUCCUCUCGUCGUAGAGCUCCAGAACCUGGAUGAUGGACAAGUGGUGAAGCAGGAAUACUUCCAGAGCAUGGUUAGGAUCCAGAAUGGAGAGGAAAACACCCCGCCCAGUUUGGUUCUCACAAGUGACAUGAUGAUGGAAGUUGAUCAGUUUGUGAUGACUGCCAUUACCCCUUCCAUUUUGGCUGCUGAGGAUGUCGAAACACCUGCUGAUAUGCUCAUCUUCAACAUCACCUCUCAAACCCUUGGACCAGAUGAUGGCAUGAUUGUGAGCACGGAUGACCGUAACCAACCUAUCACUUCUUUCACCCAGAAGGACUUGAAAGAUCUGAAGAUUGCCUACAAGCCCCCUCCCAGGGACACAGAUGUCCAGAACUUCUACCAGAUUGAGUUCGAGAUCGUGGAUUCUGAGCUGGCUACCUCUGAGCCUCACUCUCUCACGAUUGUCGUCAAGCCAAAGAAUACCCUUGCUCCGGUUGUAACAACCAACACAGGAUUGGUGCUAUUUGAGGGUCAGUCACGUCCUCUUUUGGGUGGCCAAAAUCUUGGAAUUUCUGAUGAAGAUAAUCUUCAAGAUGUGAUCAUUGCUCCUAUCAAUGGGUCAAGGUAUGGUGAACUUCGCAUUGGAAGCCAGCGCAUCAAGCAGUUUACUAUCGGGGACCUUAUCGAAGGUGCUGUGACCUACCACCACUAUGGAACCGACACAUACAGUGACAACAUCAUUUUCCGCAUGACUGAUGGCCAGCAUGAAGUUGAAUUCCUCUUUCCAAUCAUCAUUGCCCCUAUUGAUGAUGAGUCACCAAUCGUUGAUGUCAACACCGGAGUGGUAGUGAAUGAGGGUGGCGAGGUUCCUAUCACAGGAUUUGUCUUGAGUGCAACAGACAUCGAUUCUGAUGAUACUGAAAUCCGCUUUGUUCUUGAGCUGCCACUAUCUGAUAUGGGUAGCUUGUUUCUCCGUCAAGUUCAGAUUCCAGUUGACCCCCAGAAUUGGAUUUCUCAGGACAAUUUUUAUGAGCGUGAAGUCACAGAAUUUACACUUGAGGAUAUCCUGAAUGGGCAUCUCUUUUACCGACAUGGUGGCAGUCACAACCAAAACCCAGUCUUCGACAGGAUCCUUUUCAGAGUAGUUGAUAGUUCAGAUCCACAGCCAAAUGAAUCGCCUGUACAGGAAUUCCUGGUAAAAGUAAUGCCACAAGAUUUGCAGCCUCCUGAAUUGUUUGAAGGUACUUCUCUACAGCUCUCAGUUGAUGAAUUUCAACUUACUCCAAUCUUGAAGAAGAAUCUGAGGUUCACUGAUAUGGAUAGCAAUGAUAGGGACUUGAAAUACACCAUUGUCUCUCCUCUGGCUGACUCUGAUGUAAAUAAUCUUCUUCCAGUCGGUGAUAUUGUUCUUACUGAUGAACCAGAUGUCCCAAUCAACAUGUUCACUCAAGCUCAAAUCAACCACAUGAAAGUAUCAUACAGGCCACCAAGCACAGAACUAGGAAUUGCUCCACGUGCCAUUUCCUUCUCAUUUGUUGUCCAGGAUACUCAAGGAAACAUGGGUACUCCUCACAGUUUUGUAAUUCUGCUCCGUCCAGUCGAUAACCAACCUCCAACAAUCACCAAUACUGGUGUUAAGGUGUUCGAGCGAGGAACCACCGUCAUUGACAAUACCAUGCUUGAUGCUAUUGAUCCAGACACAGAUAGGAACUCUAUUCGAGUUAUAGUUGUACAACCCCCUCAAUUUGGAGUUGUCAGUUUAGAUGGUAUUCCUCUUCAGAAAGGUGAUGAGUUCACUCUGUUGGACAUUGAGCAAGGAGUAGUGACAUAUGUUAGCGGUAAUGAGGAAGAAUUGUAUGAUGCUGUACAUCUGGAGAUCACAGAUGGUGUCCAUGUUGUGCCCAUUGUAAUCCAUGUCAGCAUAUCUCCAAUUGAUGAUGAAGCACCAACACUAGAUCUCCCACCAGGCACAAUUGGUUCUUUUCUGGAAGUUCAGGAGAAUUCCUUCAGCCUCAUUACAUCUAACAUUUUAAGUGCUUCUGAUCCUGAUACUGAAGAUCUCCUCCUCAGCUUCAUAGUAGACAGACAACCAAGAGAGGGAAGGAUUGAGAGCAAUGGUGCUUUAACCGAUGUUUUCACCCAACAGGACAUUGUCAAUGGACUUGUUCGAUACGUGCACACUGGAGGUGAAAUUGGUCCUAUCAAGCGUGAAGACUCCUUCAACCUGACCCUGUCUGACAUGUCUCCUGACUGGAUUCUAGGGGGAAACCAGAUCACCCAAGUAGAAGUCUAUGUUACCAUCCUCCCAGUUGAUAACCUUGCUCCCAAUGUUACUAUGGGCAUCCAGUUCUACGUUGACGAAUCAGGCAAAGGAAAUAUCAACAUGACUCAUCUCCAAGCUCCAGAUAUUGAUACCGAAGACGAUGACAUCUUGUGCACCAUAGUUGUUGCCCCAAGUACUGGAUACCUCGAGAACAUCGCUCCUGCACCGGGCUCUGAGAAAUCUCGUGGUGGUAUGCCAAUCAGUGCCUUCAGCAUCAAGGAUCUGCGUUUGAAUCACAUCAACUAUGUCCAGAGCAUUCAUCGGGGCGUUGAGCCUGAGGAGGACCAGUUUACAUUCCGUUGCACAGAUGGAGUGAACGAAUCACCCAACUUCUUGUUCCCUAUCAAUAUCAUCCCUGUCAAUGAUGAGGAACCCCAGGUCUAUGCUCGCUUGAUAACAGUGGAUGAGGGAGGGCAGCGAAUCAUUGAUCAACCUCUCCUCCGAGCUGAAGAUGGUGACGUCCCUGCUGACGAGCUUCACUUUUUCAUUGUGACCCCACCUCAGCAUGGUACCAUCACAUAUACCAGACUUGAAGGCGACAUUCCAAUCCUGAACUUCACCAUGGAUCAAAUUGCAAAUGGCAAUGAUAUCAAGUACAUUCAUGAUGACUCUGAAACAACAGAAGAUUCCUUCACCCUCUUGCUUACUGAUGGAAAGUAUGAAGUCACUAAGGAAGUCUUUGUCUCAAUUUUGGACAUAGAUGAUGAGACUCCUCGUCUUACUAUCAACGAUGGAAUUGACAUUGAAAUCGGAGAGACCAGAAUAAUCAAUAAUCGAAUCCUGAAGGCUACAGAUCUUGACUCCCCUGAUUCCAACCUCACCUACACUGUUCGCUAUGGACCUGAGCAUGGUUUGUUGCAGAGACUGAGCAAGUUUGAUGGCUCUGUAGUCGAGAACAUUACCCUUGGCAUGAACUUCACCCAGUGGGAAGUUGACAACCAGCGCAUCCGAUAUGUACACACUAGUGAUGUUGGUGGUCGGGACCUCAUCAAGUUUGACAUUACUGAUGGAACCAACCCACUCAUUGACCGAUACUUCUAUGUGACCGUUGACCAUAUCGACAAUGUCCAUCCAUCCAUCAUCAACGCUGGUGUAACUAUGCAGGAAGGAAGCAGGGUUACCUUGACAACGAGCAUCAUCAGCACAAGUGAUCUGAACAGUCCUGAUGAGGAUCUCCUCUUCACCAUUACCAGAGCUCCAACCAAAGGUCAUCUGGAAAGCACCGACAAUCCAGGCAUGCCCAUCAACUCUUUCACUCAGCUUGAUCUUGCAGGCAGCAAGAUCUACUAUGUGCACACUGCAGAGGAUGAAAUUAGAAUGGACAGCUUCCAGUUUGAGGUUACUGAUGGUUUCAACACUGUCGUCCGUACUUUCCGCAUCUCUUUCACCGAUAUCGACAACAAGGAACCUGUGGUCCGCUACGAUACUGUCCGUCUGCAGGAAGGCGACAACAAGCUCAUCACCCCCUUCGAGCUUGCCAUAGAUGACAGAGACACUCCUGAUACUUCCCUCCGCUUCACCAUCACUCAGCUCCCGAUCCAUGGCAACAUCUUGAGAAACAACACUGAACUUGUCACUGAGUUUACCAUGCACGACAUCAAUGAGAACCUGAUCAGCUACCAACAUGAUGGCUCUGAGCAGACCUCUGACUCCUUCUCUUUCAUCGUGACUGAUGGCACCCACAACGAGUUCUAUGUCCUUCCAGACAUCACCACUCUAACCCGCCAGCCGCAGCAGGUCCCCAUCGAGAUCGUUCCUGUGGACAACGGCGCACCCCAGAUCGUGGUCAACCGUGGAGCCCCAACUCUUGACCUGCUUGGCACCGGAGAGCUUGGCUUCAUGAUCACCAACAAGUACCUGAUGUCGGAGGACCGGGACAGUGUGGACAGCAGCCUGCUCUACGUGAUCACCACUCAACCCCAGUAUGGCUACAUCAUGAACAUCGCUCUUGGAAACAUCUCCAUCACCAACUUCACUCAAAGUAAGUUCCAUGUGGAUGACUCUGUGAAUGAUGUUAGUUGCAAAAAAUUGUCAGCUUAUUACACACCCAGGGCAGCGUUCCAUGAAACUGUCAUAAGUACAAGUUCACUGACAUACCAUUGAAAGGUGUGUUAAACUUAGAACACACUUUUCAAUGGGAUGUCAGUGAACUUGUACUUACGACGGUUUCGUGAGAAGCUACCAUGGAGUUCUCCAAAUCGUAUUUGUGCGAUGUCCCUAUUUGAUAAUAAGAGUCAUAGAAUAUAUAGACUUGGGUACUUGUUUGAUAGCUUCCAAAAGAAUCACUUAGCAAAGAAUAAUACAAAUUUGACUUUUAAUUUAUAAGAUUCUCAGAUGUCAAUAAAAGAGCAUUUUGUGGGAUUUCUUUCUCUCAAAGAACUACACAACAUGUAAUUAUGUUGGAUUUUAAAUGGUAAAAUGAAAUAGAAAUACUAAAAAGCUUGGAGAUGAACCCAAAGUCUUUUUUUUUAAUAAGAAGAAAAGAGAAGAGGAUUAGUUGACAACUUUUUGUAUCUGUAGAUCAUUUUUUUAUGCAUGUUGCUGUUUGGGUGUUAUAGUGUUGAAUUGGUAUGAAUUGGAACAUGUACUUCUCAAAUGUUUUGUUAUACAUGGAUGUGACCUUUUGAGUACUUGUAUGUUUUGUGAUAUCGAGCACAUCAUAUCAGCUAUCAUUGAGAAUAGUAUAUUAGUUCAACCUUGCUCUAAGUAUCUUCUCAAGUUUUUGGCAAAUAGAUCUUCGGACAUCUAGGUGUGAGCAAAUAGUCCUUAAACCGUUUAUACAACUCAUUCAAGUAACAUUUAUAGACCAAGGUUAUAGACCAUGGGUACUUUGCAGAUAAAGUAGACUUCUGGGGACUGUUUCACAAAGACCAAGUUUCCCUACAAGAACAAGAUCCUUCCAUAGAAAUAACUUUAGCUGGUCUUUACUAUGGAUAGGCCAAAUGGAUUCUUCAAAUUCUAAUUAAAAAGCUAAGGAGCCAAACUGCCUUUUCUUUUCAUUGCAUAAAUAAUUUAUUUAAAAAGCUAAGGACCCAAACUGCCUUUUCUUUUCAUUGCGUGAUUAGUCUAUGAUGAGCAGCUUAAGAAGUCUAGGGUGGAGUCUUUGCUCUUGAAAUUGAGGUUGAGAUAAGAUUGUUCCAAAAGAUUGGGAUUAUGAUCAUUGCACCAGUAACUUUCCAUUGUGGUGUCCCUUUAUUUAAGGGGGUGUGGCGUUUUGGGGGAAAUAUUAGUGGUUUCAUCAAGGAACAGUCAAGAUGGUAUUUAGAAGGGGUUUUCAUUUAAUUGGGUUUGUAAAAUCUUUAGUGAAAGUA